ACCACUAACAAAAAGCCUUCUUUCUACACGGAGCGCUGAUGCUGUUACACGAGAUGCGGAAGUUGCUGUGUGAUGUUUUGAAAUCGUAGAACCGAUUCUCCUCUGUGGUUCUUCAUCAAUGAGCUGAUGUUGUGGGCGGAGCUGAGAUGUUGAUGGACAUCCCCCGGCACGCCCUGCUGCGCCCUCUGAGUCGUAAUGAGGUGGUGGGCAUGUUGGUGAGACUCACCAUCUUUGGAGCGGCGACGUACUACAGCAUCAGAUGGGUGGUGGAGGCGCUGGACCCUACACAGAGACAGAAGUCAGAUGCCAAGAAGAGGGCUGAGCAGAUGAUGAAGAGGCUCGGGGUGGAGGGAGUGAGUCUGAAUGAGUAUGAGAUGAACAUCGCUGCUCACCUGGUUGAGCCUCACAGUAUGAAGGUGACGUGGAGAGACGUUGCUGGUCUUGAUGACAUCAUCACUGAGCUGCAGGAGUCCGUCAUCCUGCCUUUCCAGAAACGUCACCUGUUCCGUGGAUCUAAACUUUUCCAGCCACCCAGAGGUGUGCUGUUCUACGGCCCACCCGGCUGUGGGAAAACUUUAAUCGCCAAGGCAGCAGCCAAAGCCUCGGGCUGUCACUUCAUCAACCUCCAGGCCUCCACUCUGACCGAUAAGUGGUACGGCGAGUCGGAGAAGCUCACAGCUGCCGUCUUCUCAUUGGCUGUGAAGCUGCAGCCCUGCAUCAUCUUCAUCGAUGAAAUUGACUCGUUUCUGAGGUGUCGCUCCAGUUUGGAUCACGAGGCCACGGCCAUAAUGAAAGCUCAGUUUAUGAGCCUGUGGGACGGGUUGGAGACGGGGCCCGACACUCAGGUGAUGGUGAUGGGGGCCACUAACAGGCCGCAGGACGUGGACACGGCAAUCCGGCGCCGAAUGCCAGCAGCCUUCCAUGUGGGACUUCCUAAUGUGGCUCAGAGGAAGGAGAUCCUUCACCUCAUCCUCUCUGGAGAAAACCUGAGUCCGGCAGUGAAUCUGCUGGAGAUCGCCGAGCAGACGGAGGGGUUCUCAGGCAGUGAUCUGAGAGAGGUGUGUCGCGACGCUGCUCUGUACAGAGUCAGAGAUUUCACACGCAAACAGCAGAUCAAACGAAUCACACAGCAGCUCCGACUCCAACAGGACGAAGAUGAGACAGAGGACAGUGUGUGUCUGAGGCCGAUCUCACAGCUCGACCUGCUGUUUGGUUUGGAUAAGAUGAACGAGUCGAAACAGGCCACAGCUCCGACUCACACCAGCGCCGGGUCUGUGAACUAAAACACAUCAGGACACAUCUGUAAGUGUAUCAGGACGACACCACACUGAUGUGAACUGUAUUAUGUGCUUAGUUUUAUUGAGUUUUAAUAAUAAUAUUGAUUACUGUUAAAUACAUGAACCUGUUGUUGUUGUUACUAUUUUUGUUGCUUUUUUUUUUUUUUAUUGUAAUUUAUUUUUUAAAAACGCAUGUAAAUUGACUGCACGUGGCCAGCAGGUUGUCAGGUCACUUCAGCACAGAUGGAGAUCCGUCACUUUUUAUUAAAAUGAUUAAUCUGCCAAAUGAAUUCAUAUAAAUAAUAUAAAUGAAAAUAAUUGUGUGACGUUACACUCAGAGCCAGGCAGUUUAAAACAUACAAUCUCUGUUUGGCGAAAAUAAUCCAUAACACACCUGGACAGUUCUUCAGCAGAGAGGCCAGAAUUAUGAAAUGAUUCAGGUCGCUUUAACUCAUCAGCUCAGUGACGUCACUAAAGUGUGGAAUCCAUGACGAAAUGGACUGAAAACCAGGUUUAAAAAUCAUCACCCCAGUUACAGCAGCAUUACUGCAGAGAAAUCUGGGUUUGAAUUUUCAGAAAUGAAAGUUCAGUUUUUUUUCUGAUGUAAUUCCGCUACUGACUUUUUUCUUUCCUCAGCAAAGAGUUUGCAUUCAGAGUUAAACAGAGCUGCUUUUUUAGGAUCAAAAAGACCCCAUACAGUGUGAACUUUAUAUUUCAUUCUGUUCUCUUGAGAACUGAAACUAAAAAAGUUCCCACACUUUACUGUGACUGUGAUUCUGUUACUGAAGAACGACCCGACUGUGUCUCAGAUUCGUUUCUGUAAAACAUAAAACUGUCAUGAAAAGUUUACUGUAUGUGAAAAGUUUAAAAAAAAAAGUGUUAAAUGUUUGUUUCAAAAAUAUAGACUGAUUAAUAAACUGAUGAUAAACCACACAAA